AAACAUUAAAAUGGAGGAAGACAAGAAAGUUAGAGUAAUUAACUCGGGCUCAGUAGUGAACACAAAACCAAUACCAGGCAUUGAGUUAUCAGAAAGAUUACGGAAGUCUUUGCUGAGGUAUAACAAUUUAAACUUUUUUUUUUCAAUUACCCUUUUGAUUAUGAUAUUGGUUAUAGUUAUAUCAAUAUGACUAACUAUAGACUAUAGUAUAGUCUAUGUUAUAAGUUAUAUUAUAAGUUAUAGUCUAUAGUCUAUAGACUAUAGACUAGACUAUAGACUAUGACUAUAAUUAUAGUAAAUUACUAUACUACUACUACAAUAAAUAAUACAAAUAAAAUAUAAUUAAUAAUUAUGUUUCCUUUUUAAGUUUCUAAAUGUCCAAAGAAAAUUAAGUCCUAUUACUAUGAUAACCCUAACUAAGCCUUUAAAAGGUAAUUUUCCACUUGAGCUUCAGUUAUUAAAAAAAAUUAGGCUUAUGUUAAUUUGACUGCCACUUUUACAGUCUUUGAGUUAGAGUUGCUGAGUUGCACUGCACAGGACAGUGUAAGCGUAGGAGUUUCUCCCUUUCGUAGGAGUUUCUCCCUUUCGCUUAUUCUUGGAUUGUUACUAAUAACUAGAGUUAACUUAUCUUUUUCUAAUAUUGAUACCACAUGGACUGUUAAAAAUGAUAAUUUCAUUUGGUGGUUAAUUGCAAUGACAAUAUAUAAAAUAUAAAUUUUCUGGCAUUUUGGAAAAUGGAUUGUAUUGAAUUGUAAGUCAAUUGACAUUGACAAUUGAUUUUUCUGACAACCUUUGGAUUUUAUUUUUGGUGGAACCUGCAAUAAAGUGUGUAAAAGUGUAUUCUAUGAAAUUGUAAUUUUGGUUUUCAUUAUUUUAAAUAUAUAAAAAAUGUUGUAUUGUUUUUCUUCAUUUUUACACUUUUCUAACUACAGUGUGUAAUUGUAGCACACUAUUUUUAUUUGAGGGAAGGGAGAGGCUGCAGGUCGUUGACACUUCUUGCCCCAUAUCUAGAGGGUACUAUAAAAUUGCUAUCUUCACCAGGAAAGUAAUGUACUGGAUGAAAUUAGGCCAGGAAAAGGGCCACCACAGUUAAAUUUUAAUGAUUUGUUCAUAUUUUCACACUAUGCAACGAGACUAUGCUAGGUGUGCCGCCACACCUCCAAGAUGCCUCAGAGAUGAUAAAAAUCAUGUUAAGAUGAUAUAAAUUUUUUGAAACAAAAGAGACAAUGUUGGGUAAAUAACAAGAAGUCAAAUAACACAGCACAAUUGCACAAUUAAAAAUUGGAAGGUCACCUUCUCAAUGUGUCUGAAGCAACAAGUAAAAAUAGUUCCUAUCGCUUCAGCCUUUGAUCCCACGCUUUUCACACACAUACUGUGUAAUACUUCGAUCAGGUGUUGAUUGCCGGUUAUUUAAAAAUUUUACACUACCUGGUACAGAGAUAGUGAUAAAUGAAUUCAAGCCCAACACAAACUAACCCCCAUGCUGUCCAGACUGAGUUUGCACACAAUUUUUCAUCUGAUUGGUUGACACUCAUUGAUACAAUCAAACACAUGUUUAUCAUGUGUGCCAUAUUAAAAAAGGACAAACAAAAUUCAUAAUUUGAAAAUUCAUAGCUCAACAACUACUUAAAACUUAACCUAGAAAGUUGAUGUUAGUUUUAUUUUUAAUUUAAAGUUUGCUCUUUAAAACUGUAUUACUUUUAUAUUAAAUUUUUUUUUUAUAUCUCACGUACCAGUAUCUAGUUUAGCCCAUUGACUUUUUUUCUCUUUCAGUCUGAAGGGGAAGUUUAUUAGCAGUGAUGGAAAAGCUGUUGAUUAUGUAAAAAUGAGAGCCAGUACAGAGUUUUCGGAAUACAAAAGAGAUGCAAUAGAUCUUCAGAGAAUCGACCUAGCAAAGUUUAAUGAAGUUGAAAAAAAAGUUUUUUUUAUAAGUAUCCUUUUCCUAAAAGGUGUCAAAUAUGUAAAACCUUUGUAAUGUGAUAAUGCAUAGUAGUGUUUUAUUAUGAAUAAAUGUAAGAUUUAUGUCCAAAUCAAAUGAGUUGGAAUUUCAUGCUGAUGUCUCUAGGGAUUGACUUUAUAGAAACUUCCUUGACAGAUAUUUGAUAUUUAUAACUCUUUAACAAUACAUGGACUUAUGGAGCAGCCAAAGCUACCUGAAUCUGUGUUAAAAGUUCAACAUUUCUUCAAGACCACAGCCUACAAUAUUGCAGGACUUGUUUUUACUCUAGAUGAUAUUGAGCAUGGCAUUCUCAGAUGUAAGUACUAAUCUUAAGCCAAACGUGCUCCAAGCAGCAUUUCUUCUGCAGAACUCUUAAACUAGAAAGUAGGUACAACCAGUUAUAUUUCUUUGGAUAUUACAAGUUACUACAAACUAAAAAUAUCACAUGUAACAAAACUUUUAAACAGUAUUAACUUUAACCCCAUCACAAAAAAACCGACAGAAUAAACUAACAUUCAUAAGUUUAUCCUUAUAUUAUAUAUAUAUAUAUAAAUAAUAUAUAUAUACAUUUUAUGUAUACAAUAAACAGAAACUUCAGUCUAGUUGGCUGGUGUAAAGGGGCUCUUUUAACAUAAUCAGUGUGGCAUAUUGUUUUGAAUUUUGAAUGCUUUACUGGGUUAUCAUGUUUGGUGUGGAGGUGUUGGUGUUGGUGGUUAAAUCAUGAAUAGGAGUAUUAUAAUAUUUAUUGGAUGGAUGAAAAAAAUAUUUUUAAAAAUUCAAUUUUACUUAUUAAAAUAACCACAAAAUGUUGAUAAGGUUGAGUGAAAAUUUCCCAAAAUAACAAUCGUAAAUUACUGGAACAUGCUAAACAGAUUGAGUAGAACAUGACUUUUUGGAGAUAUCAAGCAUCAUUUUAAGAAGAGAUGAUUAUUAUUUUUAGUGAGCUCAAAAAGAAUUUUAUUAAAUCACACAAGAAGAAACCUUGAUUGAUUUCUAACUAUAUAUCCAUCAAGGUAAUAGGUCCCAUCCAGCAACUACCAAACCCCAGUUGCCACCAAAUGAUCCAAAAUUAAAGUAUAUCUGCAAGACAUUAGAUCCACGCAUACACUUUGCUCUUGUGUGUGGAGCCAAGGUAUUGUAGCAAUAUUCUGUGUCACCUAUAAUAAAUUUUGUAGUAAAUUUUUUGAAAUCAUUUUAAAUAAAACAUAACCUUACAGUAAUAACAUCUAAAUAUUCUUGUAUUUAACAUUAUAAAGGGGGAAGACAUUGGAUAAUAAAAUUCAGAUGUUUGCUAAGCUUACAUUUAAUUACCUUCUAUAAUCCUAUGAUUGCAUAUUUUUGGUACACAAUGCAGAUAGUUAAUUUCUCUCAAUCAAUAACUGUACAAUGGGAUCUUCAUGACAUAAAUCUACUCAAUCAAUGAUUGUACCCUUUCAAUGUCUUUAGAAUGGUAUCUUUUUGACAUGAAUGUACCGGGUACUCGAUCUAUGAUUACACGUUGGUAUUGCCAUGAUGUACCAAACCCAUGAGAUUAUUAUUUUUUCAGUCCUGUCCUGCCAUAAGUGUCUAUAGUGUAGAAAAUAUUGACUCUGCACUGGACAAGGCUACAAAGAGUUUUUGUAGCCAGGAAGUGGUGACCAAGAAUGAAAAAGAUGAAAUCUAUAUUUCCAAGCUGUUCCAGUGGUAUAGAAAUGACUUUGGGGAAACUGAUGUGGAUGUUCUCAAGUAUGUUGCAAUUAAAAAUUAAGUCAUUAAAUUUACCUAGGAAUCACCCAAUAAUAGAUAUGACCCAGUUAGUGAAAUGUAUCAACAAAAAUUCUUUAUAAUUAUUUUGACAUUAAAGAAAACAUUAUUUUUUACUGAAUGAACUGAUCAGUUUAUUGCUGUUAAAUCCUCCUAGUAACAAAAAAAAAAAUACUGAUGUUAAAACCAGCAUUAGACAUCCAUUAAAAUAAAACUUGUUAUUUCCAGGUGGAUCCUGCCUUACCUGAGUCAAUCAGAGCAUGAUAGGUGUAGUAUCCUCAUUUUCAAACUGGAAAUGGUGGGCUCUGUCACUCUAAAAUACACUGACUAUAACUGGGGCAUCAACACAUCCUGAUGUUAUGGAACAUAUUAUUGAUUGAUAUAUCUGGAGUUGAGUCUCAUCUCUUUUUUCUUUUGAACUAUCUAAUGAAUUUGAGCUUUCUGUACCUUUUUAUAAAAGUUUUAAAAAAAUUUUUUUUAAUAAAAUGGACUUCUAAUUCACUUGUAUGAUUGAUUUACAUUUUUUUAACAUCUGAAUUAGCAAGCAAUUCUUCAUCCAUUCUUUUUAAUGGUAUUCUAUUGAGAAAGGGGUUUAAUUGAAAAGAAAGGAUAUGUCAGUGAAAUAAGAAUGAAGCAAUAUUUAAUUAUUUUAUUUAAGUUUUAAACUUUUACAAACUAAGCUUCAAAUGGGUUACUAAUAUAAUUGGAAAUUCACAGAACUGUAUUCAUGUUUCCAAAAAGCGAACCUUUCCAAUCUUUAUUACCGUUACUAAUUAGUUUCCAAUCAGUAAUUGGAUGCCAUUGUUUUUUGUUCUAAUAUAAAACUGCACCACUACUGUUGUCCAUCUUGUAGGAUGACAUAAAAAAAAAUACAUUAACAUCUUACCUUGUUGCAGAAUCAAAAAUAAAAGUUUAAAAAAAAAAAAGACUUUCUAUCAAAGACAACUUUAAACCACUAACAAGUAGAAAAGUAUUAAACAUUUCUUAAAACCCAUUCCACAGAGGUAACACUGUGCAGGAGUUUAAAGGAUUUGAAUUGAAUGUAGACAUAACUUAAAUGGUUUUUUAAAAUGAUUUUUUAAAAUAUUUUCUGCACCAGACUUUCUUUGCAUAAUGCAUUUUAAUAAAUUUAAAAUUAUUCACAAUUUUUAGUGGUUUAAACUCGUCUUUGAUAGAAAGUCUUUUUAAAAAGUUUUUGUAACUUUUUUGGUGCUACUUUUAAGUAUUAAAAUUUUAAUUUGUGUAGUUUAUUGACAAAAGAGGUAAUAUUCACUUCUUUUUUAAAUCCUGUUAUACUACAGCUCUACUAUGAUCUACCCUCCCCCCUUUUUUUUCUUUCGCCGUUCAAAGAAAAAAAAGCAGAUGUUGUGUUGACACAACUCAGAUGUGACCUUACAGGUGACCACGAGACAAUGAGCGAGUUCGCUCAGCCACGCCUGUAAAGAAAAAAAUAAUGCUCGACACACACAAGAUAGAAUGGGAGUAGAACUUCUUUAAAAUUUGGGGGCUGAGGUUUGUUACACUACAAGUUAUUUUCUGUAACAAGGCUGUGUUAUUUUUGCUCUCUGCAUUAUUGUAUAGAAAUUGUAAAAAAGAAAAAAAAAGUUUUUCAUAAUUAAUAUUUAUGUAUACUUAAGUUUGAUACAAAUGAUAUCAACACAAAGUUUGAACAGCUUGGUAUCCUGUUUGGAAAUACACAUAAUCAUAUUGUUAGAGAGUUAUUUUCAUAUCUCUAUGCCAGUGAAUGUACAAUUUAUAAAAAGUAACUCAAAAGAAAAGAUAAAGUUCAUUCAUUUUUAGAAAUUUAUUAUUUCCAAGGGAAAUGUGUUUAUUAAUGGGAAAUAAUGUGUAAUCAUCUUUAUAUGUACCAGAUAUAUGUAUAUUACUUUGUAGCAUAGGAAUCAUUCCAAAAUGAUUGUGUGUACUUCUAUGAACUAGGUCACAAUCUCGAACAUGUACAUUCUUAAAGUUGCUGUCUAUUUAACUGACAACACUGAAUUCACACUCAGUGCCCAACGUAUGUAGCUUAUACGCUACUGAAGAGCCUGAGUUUUUCAUGAUCAACAUUGUUUGCUUUAAACAAUGCCUCCUAUGUCCAGUCAAAGUUGGGUUGUGUCAGUUUAUUUAUUUGAGAAAAAAGACUUAUGAAAACAUCACAGUACAAAUAAGAAAGCAAAAGAUGUUAGGUCCCAGAUUACAAUGUUGAAAUCAAUUUAAAUUUGUCUACAUUUUAACUAAAUAUGUUUUUGUUUUAAGUACUGUUACAUAUUUAUAUAUGUAAUUUAAAUACUCUGGAUAAAUAUUUGUAUAUUAUUUAAAAUAAACUUUUCUAUUGAACCAUUGCUGUUCUUUGUGAUGUGCUUGAAAAUGGUGCUCUUGAAAACAUCUUUUAUUUCUCAUAGAAUGGGAUGGUAGGAGUAUUUUGUUUUAAGUAGAAGUUGUAAAAAAAAUUGUUAAGUUUGUAAAUCUUGAGUAUGGUAAAUUAGCAUUUUUUUUAUGCCUAGAGCAUAUAUAUUUGGUCCAAUGAUGUUUUGAAUUAACAUAUUUUUAAUAUUAAACAGAAUAUCCAUGUUUUUUGUCCCUUUAAAAAAAUUUUUUGAGCUUUAACUCAUCUCAUUUGUCAGUAUGGUUACAAUAAUUAGGCACCUAAUGAGCAAGUCUUUUCAAAAGACAGAAAUAUUAACAUUUUAAAAAUAUAAUUUUAAGCAAAAAAGAUUUUGCAAAUUGUUGAAGAUUGUGUUCAUUUGUGAUAAAUCAUUAAUCCUUUCCGUUGUUAACUAUGUUAUUGGUUAGCCAAUAAACUAUUAAAUGCAUACUAAUAUUUAUGUUACAUGAGAUCUAUUUAAGCUAUGGCUUAACUUAAUUUAUAAAAUAAUAUAUUUUUAUUUCUGAGAGCACUUAUUAUUACAGUUUUAAGCACUUUAAAACAGCAUUGCAUUGCAAUAAUCACAAAUUUACAUGGUUGUUUGUUCCACUUGCAAAUAUUUAAAGUUGAAGGCUAUGACAGAAAAUAAUGCUCAUUUCUUAAACUGCCUGUCCUCUAAUCAUAUUUAUUUAUUUUUCUCUCCCCAAAACUGUUUCAAUUGACUGAUUUCUCUUCAACUUUGAUUGUAAAAAUGGAUGUUUUUUUGUGAGCAUGUCCUUUUUUUAAUGUACAUUUAGAUAAAAGUAUAAGAGACCAGAUGCCAAUGUUUUUAUUAAUUUAUAGUGCAAUAUUUCAUUUGGAAGCCAGAGCUUAUAGUAAUAAUAAAUACUAAUAUUAUUAUAUUUUUUGUUGUUGUGGGAAUAGACUUUCUGCCUUUACUUUUAAAAUUUUUUAACAAGCA